UUUUUUGAUCUCACACUCUCCCUGACAUUUACACUUUUCGAUAAGAUAAGCGGAGUUCGAAAUGGGAAAGAAAGAAGCAGCCAAACCAGCACCUGCUGCAAAGGCACCACGAUUUAAAUGGCCUGCUAUGCCUACUAUGCCCGCUAUGCCUCCUAUGCCUGCUGUGAAUAUACCCUUUAAGAAAGAUUUAUUUCUCUCAACAUUGCAAAGUUUUCAAUUUGUGUCGUUUCUAGGUAACUUUUUAACGACACUUGGUGUACUUCUUUACACGUUGACAUAUUUCAAGCUUAGUUCCGAGAAUUAUGAGGUAUUUCAUGAUAUCUCCUUGGUUGGAGUAGUUAUAUCAUCUGGAGCAUUCACGGUGCAAAAUGUUAUAAAGCAUAGAUUGAGCUUGGGUCCAGUUAUCAAAGAUGACAGUUUUCAUUACUUGUUCAUAGGGUUGUCCUUGUUAAUUCUUCAUCCAUGCGUAUUUUUCACAGUAUUACCAUUUGGACUAUACUCAGUUUUUAUUGUAUUGUCGUUUCUUACAGGUAGUUUAUUUCCAAUAUUCGAAAUCGAAAACUGUUUUGUGGCACAUUUAUUCAAUUCAAUCACAAGUGGCCUCAGGGGUCCCGCAGUCGGGUUUGCUAGUGGUACUGAAUUGACAGCCAUGGUGAUGUUGGUGUUGAGAGUGAUUACAUUCAGAAGUAAUUCAUUGCUUAUAGUGUUGAUCUAUGCCGUGUUUUUGAAAUUGAGAUACGAGACUUCUCAAGCCUCGAGAGACGCUGUUAAACGAUUUGUAAACUUUGGUGACAAAGUUAUCGCCAUCUUUGACAGUCAUCAAAUGAACAAUAUUUGGAAAGAUGUGAAACUGGGUUCAAAAGCUUUGGACAAGUACCGGUUGGUAAAUGAUUACGAUGCCAAAGUGGAAUAAUGCAUAGAGGCUUCUAAGCCUGAGGAUGCUCCUAAGCCAGAAGCACCCAAAGAGGAAAGCAAAAAGGAAGAACCCAAGAAAGAAGAAAGCAAAAAGGAUGCACCCAAGCAAAUAGAAGCUAAGAAGCCACCUCCUCCAAAGAGUCCAGUGAUAAAGAACGUUUUCAAACUGAACAAACUACUGAAGAAAUUAGUUUCUUUCAACCAAACCAGCAAAAGACAAUAUAGCCGAAUGAAGAGAGCAAUAGUGGAUGGUAUAGAU